AUGGCCAGCAUGGCAGUUCAGCUCCUUGGCUUCUUCUUAGGGCUGUUGGGCUUAGCAGGAACUGUAGUUGCAACUCUGCUCCCCCACUGGCGCAGCACAGCGUAUGUGGGAUCUAACAUCAUCACAGCCACAGCCUACAUGAAAGGCCUGUGGAUGGAGUGUGUGUGGCACAGCACUGGCAUUUACCAGUGUGAGCUGUACAGAUCUCUACUGGCAUUGCCACGCGACCUGCAGGCAGCCCGGGCACUCAUGGUGCUCUCCUGCAUCACCUCAGUUCUGGCAUCUCUGGUGUCCGUGAUGGGGAUGAAGUGUACCCGCUUUGCCCGUGGCUCUUUGAUCAAGUCUCCGCUGGCGAUGAGUGGCGGGAUUUGUUUCCUCUGUGCCGGUCUACUCUGCUUGGUCACCGUGUCCUGGACCACAAACGAUGUCAUAAUGGAUUUCUACGACCCCUUCCUCCCCAGUGGGUUGAAAUAUGAGAUCGGACUGGCCGUGUACCUCGGUUACGCCUCGGCCUGCCUCAGUCUGAGCGGAGGACUGGUGCUGUGCUGGAGCAGCAGCCGUGGCAGGUCACCGAGUCCCCCUCAGAUGCAGAGGAAUCAACCAUCAUCACCUCCCCCUGCCUUCAACCACAUAUAUCCCCCUGCUCCACUCUACAAACCCCCUGAGGCCCUGAAGGACAAUCAUGCUCCCUCACUUUGCUCCCUUUCCAGCAGUGGCUAUAGGCUCAACAACUACGUCUAA